CGCUGAAGUAAAGCAGAUUACAGCCAGGAGAGGAGUUAGUUUAUUCAUCCGGAACUGACCUACUUCACAGCACCGGUUUCCAGACGGACGUAUUUUGAAUACGCAAAAACAAAUAUGGCGACCUCCAGCAGUCGAUCAUGCCUCCAGUAUCUCUUACAUCUCGCCCAAGAUAAUCUGGAUUUCAGAUUGCCGGAGAUUAAAGCCCUGCUUGCUCUCAGAGGAAAGCCGUUUCACCCGAGUGGAAACUUCCAAGAAAAGUCUCCUUUCUGGUGCCUGGAUGGUUUGUCCGAGGAGAAUGUCCGCGGCGUCAUGGCCAGAUCCGUUUGUGCAAAGUCUGCUUUUGAACUCUGGGGCCACGGACACACGCACAGUGAACUUAGAACAUCCCUCUUGAACUACCCAUCAGAGAACAUGUCGCCAUUCAUGCACAAAGACUCGACUUACAGAAUCAAUGUCUACACUUUCAACAAGACUCUGGAGUUUGUAGACAGAAUCAAAAGGAUUGACGCCUUGGAGUAUCUUUCGUUUGAAGGGGCAGUGAGCCUGAAGAGCCCUCAGCACAUCUUCUGUUUGCUGGAAGAUUACGGCACGGACCCCAACGACAUCCCCGAGCACCCAAACUACAUCUACUUCGGCCGAUGGAUAGCGGAUGGACAGCGGGAACUGAUCCGCUCCCACAGUGUGAAGAACCGACACUUCAUAGGGAACACCAGUAUGGACGCUGGGCUCUCCUUCAUCAUGGCCAACCACGCUAAGGUCAACGAGAACGACGUCGUCUUCGACCCGUUUGUCGGCACAGGGAGCCUGUUGGUAGCGUGUUCUCACUUCAGAGCCUACGUCUGUGGAACGGAUAUCGACUACAACACCAUUCACGGCAGAGGUCGCUCAAGCCGUACUAACCAGAAGUGGCGAGGACCCGAUGAGAACAUCAGAGCCAACCUGCGGCAGUAUGGAACAGAGGAGAUGUAUUUAGAUGUAAUGGUGUCGGAUGCAUCCAAGCCUGUGUGGAGGGAGGCCGCGCUGUUUGACGCCAUCAUCACUGAUCCGCCGUACGGUAUCAGAGAGUCCACGAGGAGAACGGGCUCCCACAAAGAUGUAACGAGACCCCCUGACGGCAUCUAUUUAGAGUCUCACGUGCCGGUCUCACAGGCGUACCACCUGAGCGACAUCUUCACAGAUCUGUUAAAUUUCUCUGCCCACCACCUGGUGAUGGGUGGGAGGCUCGUCUAUUGGCUGCCCGUCUACAGACCAGAGUACCGCGAGGAGACGGUACCGCUUCACCCGUGUCUCCGCCUCGUCAGUAACUGUGAGCAGACGCUCUCCAGCCACACGUCGCGGCGCCUCAUCACCAUGGAGAAGAUCAAGAAGCCCGAGGAAAUAGACAGCCUCGCGCCACUCGCGGACCCCCGCUUCAGUCCCUACCAGGGACACAACGCCUUCCGAGAAAAGUAUUUCAGUGGACUAAACAAGAGGUGUGGGAAGGAGGACAACAAACCGGUCGUCAAUGGAGAGUGAACCAAUCGGCUGCCUCGAGGGGGAAGUGUGUGUGUGUCUUUUUUAUAGAAUAGAAAAAGCAAGCGCACACAAGAAUCUGGACGUGGAGGCCUGAAGGAAACUGACUGAUCACUUGUUACAGUUUUAAUUUUCUAAAUUGUUCACUUUAUUUUUAAUUAUGAUUCUUUAUAUGCCUGUAGUUAUUGCUUUGCAAAUAAAUGGAUAAAACAAG